AUGGCAUUUACACCCAUCUCUCGAGCCGUGCCAACACCGAUGCCGAACGACCCCCUGCUUCUGCCUACAGGUGGGUCUUCAGCGUUCAUCGGGCGUCCUCCAAACAACGUGAGAGAUUAUUAUACCAUCAAGGGACUGCUUCGAAUGGUGGGUAUGAACAAAGCGAAUCCAAUGAUGGGCUAUCCCCUUGCUGCUCGGCCACCACCUGGGUAUGUACACGAGAGCCGUGCCGUUGGGGUUCAGACCGGUCUUGUCGUCGUCAUGUUGGCCAUCAUGAUUCCGACGAGCGUACGGCUCUUCGUAAGAGCACGGACGGACCAGAUGCGAUUCGGUUGGGACGAUUGGACCAUCAUUGCGGCAGCAAUCAUUGCUCUUACCUAUCCUAUCGCUCAGACGAUGGGCCUCUACAUUGGUGGUGCUGGUCUUCACACAUGGGAAGUUACUUAUGACGAGUACGAGAUUGGCAUAAUGAUUGGAGUCUUUUGCAAAAUGACGUUUUACCAAGCCGUCAGUCUGAUUAAAAUCUCAAUCGCCUUGUUCAUUCGACGGCUAGCAAGCGGGGCCUCAAGAAGAUGGAAAUGGUUCUGCGACGUCUUCCUUGCCACAGUGGGUGCCUAUAUGCUCCUGGCCUUCUUCUGGUUGCUAUUCACCUGCUAUCCAAUCCAAGCACAAUGGUCCCUCCACACGCGCGGCAUAUCGGAACCGUCUCCGCAAUGUUUAGAUACUAUCUCACAAGGGCGGAUACUGAGUGGACUCCACGUUGCACAAGGCAUGAUCCUGCUCUCAGCACCGAUAGUAAUCCUGUGGACGAUCCAGAUGAAUCGUGCCAAGAAGAUUAGACUGUUCGCGUUCUGGGCUGUGGGGGGUAUCACGGUACUCGGGGGCUUACUACGACAAGUGCGACCGCUGGUACAUCGAGAUAUGACGUGGGACUACGUAGAGGUUCUGGCAUGGACAAGCCUGGAUCUGGCACUGGGAACCGUCACAGCAUCGCUACCGGUAUUGGAUGGCAUGCUCUCGAACGUUUGGCAUUGGGCCAUGACCAGUAUAGGAGUAUCCUCGAACGGAACAGUGAGCAACAACUCAGCACCUAGGGUACAGGAGUCAGACCCGAACGUUUCGAGUCGCAUGCCAUCUGGAAUGCACGGAUCUUCAGAGUCGGAAGAGAACAUUGUUGGUAAGACGGCGGAUAUGGAGAUGAGUAAUGUCAGGGCUCGAGUGGUUGACAUCCAACCAUCUCCCAGGUCAAGUCUGGAUAGAUUUGAUUUCGGGUGCCACGCAGAGACCGAACGUUCUUCAGCAGCUUCGCCAUCUUGA